GCUUUCUGGAGAAAACGAAAUGGACGUGGAGCGUGGCUUCUAUCAGCUGGUGGAGGUCCAGGACCACGUUCACUACAUCUUUGCUUUCGUUGUUUCUGUGAUUGGAACAGUGGGCGUUACCGGGAACGCCUUGGUCAUGUAUGCCUUUUACUGCAACAAGAAGCUGCGGACGCCCCCCAACUUCUUCAUCAUUAACCUGGCAGUCAGUGACUUCCUCAUGGCAAUUACACAAUCACCCAUCUUCUUUGUCAACUCCCUUUACAAGGGUUGGAUUUUUGGUGAAACAGGAUGUAAAAUAUAUGCCUUCUGUGGUGCUUUAUUUGGAAUCACCUCAAUGAUAAACCUUCUGGCCAUCUCUAUAGACCGCUAUGUUGUUAUCACCAAACCUCUGCAGGCAUUACAAUGGACCUCCGCGAGACGCACUUACCUCAUUAUUGCCCUCGUGUGGCUAUAUUCAUUAGCCUGGAGCCUCGCACCACUCUUAGGAUGGAGUUCAUAUAUACCAGAAGGUCUGAUGACCUCGUGCACAUGGGACUAUGUGACCUCCACUCCAGCCAAUAAAAGUUACACUUUGAUGUUGUGCUGCUUCGUAUUCUUCAUCCCUCUUGGCAUUAUAUCCUACUGUUACCUCUGCAUGUUCCUAGCAAUUCGCCAAGCAAGCAGAGAUGUGGAGCAGUUGGGCAAUCAAGUGAGGAAGUCAACACUGAUCCAACAGCACUCCAUCAAAACUGAAUGGAAGCUAGCCAAGAUUGCUUUUGUGGUCAUCAUAGUGUUUGUGCUUUCUUGGUCCCCCUAUGCAUGUGUCACCCUCAUAGCAUGGGCUGGAUAUGGAGGCAUUCUCAGCCCUUAUUCCAAAGCCGUCCCAGCUGUUAUAGCCAAGUCAUCAGCCAUAUACAAUCCUGUAAUCUAUGCCAUAAUUCACUCAAAAUACAGGAUCACCCUUGCAGAAAAAGUACCCUGCUUGCACUUCCUAGCCCAUGCUCGCAGGAAAGACUGCAUAUCAGUAUCGCUUAGCGAAUCCUCCUUAAGGGACUCCGUGCUGAGUAGACAGUCAUCAGACUCCACAUCCAAGCUGCACAUAGUGUCCUCCAUUACAACAACUGACACGCAUGUUUGGAAUGAUGUGGAGCUGAAUCCUAUUGAUCAGAGUCAUACUUUGGGAUCCAGCUAUUCCCUUGGAACUCUGAGGGAUAGAGAGUGUCAGUCAUUGACUAAACACACAAAAAGAAAGAAAAGCCGAAGCCAGGAACAGCUAAGAGCAAGGUUCAGUGAACAGUUGUGAUCACGAUCUAUUGACUGAGUCAGUUAAAAGACUUCUAUUGCAUAUUGGAAGGAAGAGGAAUACGGACAAUCUGGAAUCAGCCAAAGAAAUGUAAAGAUGGGUAUGAUAAGAGUUUAGACAAGAAGAAAAAAAAAGCACAAAAAAUAGAGAAGGAAAAUGAUGAUGAUGAUGAAGUCCUCAUCCAGCCACACUUUGGAUAAAUGUUGAGCAAGAAAAAUCCAGUGUAAUCUUCACACUCAAUUUCAAAGACUAAUGUUUGGAGGAAGGCUGUUUUGAGAAAAAUAAAUGGAGUUACACAAAGCAGACAGAGAGAACUGUGAAUUGACUUAUGGUUCAGCAACACUAGCGUAAAAAUAGGAUGUCAACCUUCUUGCAACUAACUUGCUAAACUCAACAGUUACCCAGUAACUGCAAAGCAAAGAAACAAUUGCAAGUAGUUACAGCCACUAACUAGUCAACCAGAGGUUGAGUGCUUAACAGUCUUAACCUCUGGGCAACCAGUUUUGACCACAAGGCAAUUACACGGGUCACAUUGUAGGAGGAACCUGUCUCCAAACAACUGUGAUCUGACUUGAAUUGACUGCAAUCGCCAAGGUUUGCAAAUAACUGCCGUGUCAUUUAUAAAUGCAAACAGAUCGCCAACGUGCUGCAAUCAAGUCUGUGCUGAUGAGCACAACUUGUAACAGUGGACACCAACUAAACUGGGUGCCAAAUGGUUGUAUUCUGGCUAUUUUCCAAUAACAAAGUUGCAGAGCACCAAAGACAUUUUGCAGUUAAAUUACAGUCACAAUUGUGCAACCAUGUUCAGUUAAUUAAUGUGCGAAGAUUUCUUUCAAAAACAGUAGCUUGUUAAAUGUUAAAGAGAUGCACCAAUCCAGCGCUUGGAUCAGAUAUUUGUCCGAUCAUGAUUCAAAAAGCUGGAGCAGAAAUAAGUGGCAUGAUUCAAUUGAUUUGACUUGAUUUGAUUCAGUGUUGCACUGCCAUAACCAUGCCACUACUCAAUAGCAGGCCAGAGGUUGCUAGCGGUUGCAGCAACAUGUUUUCUUUGUAUGUUUGCACUAUUUCUUGACAAAAUGUGGUCAAGUGAAAUACCACAAUUGUAGGUCUUUGACAUCGUUGCUUUCCCUGUUGGCGUCUCUCUGUCUCUUGCUUUCACAUUAUAUUCAAUGUAACACUCGUUGGGCAAUUUCAUUGCAGGCUUUCAUUGUAGUCACUUAAUAUUAUCUCAGUCUCUUGCCAGCUCCACUCCACAACUGACACACAAGUGCACAGUUAGAGCAAGAAAAUGAGAACCUUGUGCAACUCUGAAUAAUAGCAGCAUAUAACAAUGCCUCUCACUAAGCUAAAAUAAGACAAGACCAUAUAUGUAAAAACAAACAAACAAACAAACAAAACAAAAAAACGUACUUUGUUUCCCAUUGCCAUUUAAUAAGCUGUUAAUAUAUGCAUUACAGUACAUUUAGAGCCAGGAUAUAUCAUUUUAAUAAAAAAUGUAAUAAUAUUUCUCAAUCUCUUUCUCAGAGUGAGGAAUACAGCUUGCCAAUUUAACAUCAGCAUCAGAUAUUUGGUAUAUUUGGCAUCAGUAGAUAUCCAAAGCCACUGUGCUGGUAUUGUAUUCAAACUGGGAAAACGCUGGAUAGGUGCAUAGUUAAGGAUGUUCUUUGUCUGCGUGUGCGUGUGUGUGUUUGUGUCCGAGGACUUGUUUAUUAUCAUCUUGUUGUAAGGACGCUGAGGAUUGUCUCUUUUUAAAACAGCACUGAAUGAGGAAGCUAAUUGUAUCCAUUUGUUUACAUUAUAACUAAGGCUACAUGUAUUUAUAUGCCUCAGUAAAAUAUGAUCACUGCUGUAUUUCAUGUAAAAGUCUGUUCUAUAUUGUAUUAUUUAGAAGGUUAAAUAUAUUUGUUUAUAAUGAGUGUUGCUCAUCGUUGAACUGAUUUGAUUGCAUUAAAGACACUGAAUAACAAGAAUACAUUUUGUAUUUGUUGACACGUGCUCUAAGUUUUUGUGAUCCCGCAGAUUAGGAUUUUUACAACCUAAGACUGGGAAGACAGUGACACGGUUAGUCUGCAACUCAACAUUUAUCUGAAACAGAAAGCAUUCUGAUCCAACUUGGAUCACAGUCAGAUCAAAAUGUUCUUGUACCGCUUUUAUUCACUGGAAGUAUUUUGGGAACUAUUUUUAUUAUGAAGCAUUGUGCAAGUCAAAGUAUGUGAAUUUAUGUGCAAAAGACACAACAAAUACACCGUUUUGUCAGUACAUGUUCUCAGGCAUAGAACUGUCACAAUCACUGACAUGCAUCGAGUCUUUGUUCACAUACUUAUGUGUGUA